AUGCAGGACCGAGUUUAUUGGACUGAACCACUUUCUGCAUGGAAGAAAGCUGGCGACUUCUGCCGCCUGUUCAUGAGGAUACCCCAAACAACCGUCUUCCACAUGUUUGUACAAUGUGAAGACUUGAGAGCCGCGAGGAUCCAGCUGAAGUCAAGACUAGGACACACCAACUUCAAGCGGUUGAUGACAGAAGAGGGUGCUGUCGUGUCUGACUGGGCCAUCACCUUCUUCAACCUCGACCACUCCGACAUUGAUCCCAUCAGCAGAACUCCGACGCCGACUCCAGGAACCGAUCCCUCCGAAACCUAUGACGCCGAUAACCCCCAUUUCCCAACAGUGAGAGAUUCGCCACUUUCCAUCCCCUUGCACAGACUCCCUAACCCAAGCUCACUGCAGCAGUUGCGCCUGCAGCUACGUGGCCAGAUCCUGGCUGGCCACAGCAAGACUUCUUCGAUCCUCUCAUUUGGCGGUGCGGAAGGUCUUCACGGUCAUUACGAGCGUCAUGACCCACGCCCCGUGUACUAUUUCCAAGUCGACGGAGGAUAUGCUCUCGAUGGCGAUUCUGAAAAGCUUACCACCGCUGAUAACAACCCAAUCGACCUCUCUCUCAUGUACACCUGCCGCUCAGUUGCCAACGAGACGAGGAAUAUGCCGCUCGCUAUCAACACCAUCACCUUCUCGACACUUUACCGCGAGGACUGGAGGGGCCUGGCUGGCUGCUUCAACUACGUCUACACCUACUUCAGCUUGCUCGAGGUGGAUUUGGUCGUACGCCUCGCUCGAUUCAUGACUCCCGAUAUGUACUCCCAGCUUGCCCUAAAAUUUCCGACACUUGCGCCACAGAUUCAAACGGAGUCAAGGUACCACAAACAUUGUCUGGACAACUAUGAAACUGGAAGAUGGCACAGUUUCUCCGAUUCCGAGUCCGAGUCCGAUUCCGGCUCCGAGGGAAAUCGGGAUGCCAUUUUCAGCCCCGACUCCGACUCUGAGGAAGAUAAGACUGACCCCUCCGAGGGUAGUUAUGAAUGGCGACAUGGGCGAUAUGCACCAAGCUAUCGCUUUAGGUAUGAAUAUGAUGGCUUCGGGUCGAUAGACCAUGGCCCUAGUGGGCAUCGUCUGAGGCCGGAGUGGGUCGGAGGCUCUUGGGCGAUUCAGGCAGCCAUGUCCUACUGCCUACGACUCCUUGCGGAAAAGGAACCCGCCGAAUUCGCUAGAUUGGUCUUCGGAGCUCUUCCAGGAUGGGUGGGCACUUGUCCAGCUCAUGAACUUCUGGAUCUUCGGUUUGAUCCCUGGGCUAUUCCCUCGCAGCCAGGAGUAGCGAGGGCGACAAGCCGUUUCAAGGCUGAUGACGCUUGGAAGCUCUUGGAGCCCUGGUACUACACGACAUCAAGGGCCUACAAUCCACCUGGAGUAUACGACCAAUUGCAUACACCAAGGGGUGUCCGCUGCCGAGAAAAGAUUCGGUUUUCGGCUGCGGCUACCGCCAUUCGCUUUCUUCAGCGUCUUCCAACCAAUCAGCGCCUACAAAUCCGGAACUUGGUGCUAUACGAGGACCACCCGUCUGUGGGAACCCCAUCAACUCAUGUUCAGGGCUUGGCACCCUUCUUCAAGGAGAAUCCACGGCUUCGAGUUGUACGCCGUGUCAGUGUGCUGGGUUGUAUUGAGGGAAGGCUCGGUGACCCGAAACACGCGGCUCAGUUCUUACAAGCAGAGAAGGAUGGCAGAACUGAAGACCGCAGGAACGUAGAUCUCAUGUUUUUCCCUUGGAAGUUGGCUGAGUGGCUGGUUGAUGCCCUCGCCGUGACCAGUGUGGGCAUCCCCGCCGAGUCCUUCACCUUCAUCUUGGAAGCAGGCCCGCAUGCCGACUUUUGCACCGACGUAUUUCAACAGGCCAUUCACCGUGACAUCGCCUGGUAUAGGGCGUACAACGCAUGCAUCGACCGCGGCUUGGUAGUGCGUAAGCGAGGCCAAAAAGGAUAUCUCUUGGUAGACGAGGCAUUGGAGGAAGCCAUCGGGCACUUGUUGAACCAAACUUCGUUUCUUCGAAGUGAUUUCAACCCGGGUCAUCCAUGGAACUUUGAAAACCUGGUUGAGGAGACAAAACACCUCGAUUAUCUUCACUGGCAAUCGAAGUGGGUCUACCGCGAGCCUCGGAAGCUGGAAUUGCCUCCUACACUAGACAUUGCGAGGCUGUACUCCGACAACUUCGAAGUUCAGACUGAAGAGGACUAUCUCUAG